AUGGGAAUAUUGAGAAAAUCGUCGACGAAUCAUUCUGAACCACAGGGUCGCCUUUUCAUGACGAUUUAUAAACUCUUUUCGUUGCAAGAUCAUCCCAUGAUCGCUCAAGUACUAUUGUUAUUUUGGGUUCCGAUCGGCCUGAGUGCCAUGUAUUGUCAGGAGAAGGGCUGUUCUGUUCUCUUUGCGUGUUAUUUUGGAGAAGUAUUCUUACAUCUAUUGAUGGACAAGUGGGUCGAGAAGUGCGGAAAGAACUCUCCUUCUUGCAUGGUUUCAAAAGUAGCCUCCGAGGUUCGACAAACGAGUGAUAUCUUUAUUCAUCACUUGAUCACGCAAAUGUAUUAUGGACCUUGGUUUCCAAGUUUCAUCUUUUCAACCUUCAAAAUGUUAGUCUCUGCUUGCGAUAUUUAUCAUGGGGGAUUUUGCACGGUGACUGGGGCUGUGACUGUCUUGAGUUCUGUUCUUUUUACUUUUCUUUCUUCGAGAGGAGUGGAAAUGUCAGAGUUGGAGAGUAGGCUCUUUCAGAGAAGAUUGGUGGAUAUAUUCUGUUUGCAAUACACGGUCAUGGUUGGUUCGAAAAUGUUCUCUCACUUUUUGGCAUUCAAAAACCGAGAGUUUUUACAUCAACAAGUUCAAGCUGCUCAUGAACGAUUUAAGAAUGAAGAGAAAACGAAAUUCAUUGCCAAUUUGAGUCAUGAAGCGAGAAAUCCAUUGCAUUGCAUUAUGGGAAGUUUACAAGUGUUGAAUCAUCAUUUUGAGGGAGAGAAGUGUUUGAAUGGAUGUAAACAUUGUUUUUUGAAUAAUAGUGCCAUCAAUGAAAUCAUUGAAGAUAUUAAGGAAAAUGCAACAUUAUUACUGCACAUUUUAUCAUCCUCAUUGCAAAUGACCUCACUUGAGAUGGGAAAGAUCAAAUUGAAACAUGAACCAUUCAAUUUGAAAUUCUUGUUAGAUUCAUUGAUUGGUGUUUUUUCACAAUUGGCUCAUGAAAAACAAAUUUCAUUGCAUUGUUUUUUCAAUGUCUCAAAAGUUCCACAACUGUUGAAAGGUGAUUCUGUUCGAUUGAGUCAAAUCAUUAUGAACAUCAUCUCGAAUGCCAUCAAAUACACCAAGAAGGGUUACGUCAGAGUUAACUGUGAUUUGGCAACGGAUGAUGAACUCAAAGAAAACAACACGAUUCGAAAAACGAGCCAUGAAAAUUUGUUAAAUCACCACCGUACAAACAUUCGACUUGAUUUCAUUGACACAGGUUGUGGCAUCUCUCAGGAUCAAAUACACCAAUUGUUUCAACCUUAUGGAGUGCUUGAAAAUCAAAACGAUGAACUGGAGACUUCCUUUGAUCAUUAUUUCAAUCAGUCAGAAAUGUUAAAAAAGUUACAUGAAGGAGGAAGCAGUUUGAUUCACACCAAUCGAAAUGGGCUUGGGUUAAGUAUCACCAAAAUGCUCAUUCACAAAAUGAAAGGAAAGAUUAAGGUGGAGACCAAUGUUGGAGUUGGAACGACCAUGACGGUGGUGUUACCUAUGGAAACUGGCGACAAUUCAGAGUUGGAGAACACUGUUGAAAAUUUCUUGUCAUACAGACGAUUUGCAUUCACAAUUUCGAUUAUUGGCCAAGAUCCAUGUUUUCGAAAUGUAUUGAAAGAUUACCUCUCUUUGAUGAAGAGAGUACACCAAAUAUCAACGUUUGAGAAUAUGGAUUCUUUCAUGGAAGAAAAUAGGAAAGGUAAAGAUGGAAAAAGUAAUACUGUUUCUCUUGUUAUUCUUCCAGAACAAGAUUAUGAAAGAGCUUGUCAACAAUGUUUUGGAGAACAUUUCUUAGUAAUUCCAACAAUUUUCAAAGGUGUGAAAAGAGCGUUCCCCAACCUACAUUAUCUGCCAAAGCCCAUUAAGUUUGCAGAGUUAAUGGAACUAUUUACAACAAUAGAAAGCCAACUAAGUAGCAGCACUUCUCACAAUUCAAAAGCGUGUAAAAAGGACAAGAUAUGUCAGGAGAUAGCAGGAGAAGAGCAAGGAUUUGACUUUAGCAAAUUCUCAGUGUUGUUGGCGGAUGAUAAUGCAGUGAAUCGAAAAGUAUUGAUGAAAAUGUUGCAAAUCAUUGGAUUCAAAGAUAUUGACACUUCCAAUGAUGGAAUGGAAUGUUUUGAAAAGUUCAAACAAAAAUCAUAUCAUUUGGUCUUGUUGGAUUGUUUCAUGCCCAUUCUGAGUGGAAAGGAAGCAUGUGAAAUGAUUCGAAAUUAUAUGAAAUAUCGACAUCAUGAAAAAGAAGAAAUGCAACGAAUACCAAUCAUUGCCAUCACAGCCAACACAUGGGAACCAAGAGACACUUUACUCUCACAAGGUUUUGAUGAUGUUGUUUACAAACCAUUUAUUUUGGCUGAUUUCAAGAAAUUGUUGACCUCUUAUUUAAGCGCCGCCAAUCAACGAUGA